CCGGACCGGGAGCCGCCGCCGCGCCGGGCGCUGCCGCUCAAACCGCCCCCGGCUCCGCGGGGGACCAAUCAGAGCGCGGCGCGGCCCCGCCGCAGCCAAUGGGAGCGCGGCGCGGCCCCGCCGCAGCCAAUCAGAGCGCGGAUCGCGGCCCGGCCGCGCCGCGCCGCCCGGUCCGCGCCUUUGCGGCGGCGCCGCCCGGGCCGGGAGCGCCGGGACGGGGCGGGAGCGCUGCGCACCUCCGGUACCGCGACCGCGCCUCGUGCUCCCCCGCAGCCACGCAGGGAGCCCCCGCGAGGCUCAAGGGUUUGGGCCGUUUGGAGAGCACGCUGUGAACGCCAGCUGGAUUGCAGUCCAGGAGCUGGAGAAGCUGGGGCUGAGGGAUGAUGUGGAUCUGCACGUCUACGAGGUCCCUGUUGAGUACCAGACCGUGCAGAGGCUCAUUCCUGCCCUGUGGAAGAAGCACAGUCCCCAACUCGUGGUGCACGUGGGCGUGUCGGGCAUGGCCACCACCGUCACCCUGGAGAAGUGUGGCCACAACGUGGGCUACAAGGGGCUGGACAACUGCCGCUUCUGCCCGGGCUCGCAGUGCUGCGUGGAGGGCGGCCCCGAGUGCAUCGACUCCAUCAUCGACAUGGACGCCGUCAGCAGCAGGGUGUCGGCCCUGGGGCUGGACGUCACCGUCACCAUCUCCAGGGACGCCGGCAGGUACCUGUGUGACUUCACCUACUACACCUCCCUGUACCAGAGCCGUGGCAGGUCGGCGUUCGUCCACGUUCCUCCUCUGGGGAAGCCUUAUUCUGCAGAACAGCUGGGCAGGGCCCUGCAGGCCAUCAUAGAGGAAAUGCUGGAUUUUUUGGAGCAUUCUGAAGACAAAAUCAAUUGUCAACACGAACACUGAGCAGCCCGGCCAGGAGCUCUCCUAGUAUUGCACUUCUGAAAUUUCCCCCUGCUCUGCUGAAGUAUUUUGGGGGGGAAAAAAAAAAACCACACAAAAACAAAACCGACAAGCAACAGUUCCAGACCCAGAAUUGGAGACUUUAAACAAAAAAAAAAGGAAAAAUUCUACAAAUUCUGCUUAGAAAUUAACUUUUUUUUUCUUUUUUUCGUUGUUGUUGAAUCUGAGAGUUCCAGCCCGAGCAGCAAAGGAUGCAGAAUCUCUUCUCCAGAGCCCCUGCAGCUCCCCAGGGGUUUGAGCUGGGAGCUUCCAGGGGGCUCCUCAGCUGGACUCAGAGCUGCUCCCCAGCCCUCUCGUGGCUCCUUCUGGCCCUGGAAGGUUUGCUUUCCUUGGCUCUGGGUUUGUUCCCCCUGUCCUGACCCCAGAUCCGGGGCAGGGGUGUGGAAGGGCAGCUGGGGUGGGGUUGGAGAGCAGAGUGUGCUGGGGAUGAGGAGCCUGGAAUCGCUUGGCCGGAGUGGAAGAUGAUUUUAGGCACCGAUUCCUCCCUCCACGUCCUCCAGAAAUCCAUGGCUGCGGCACAAGGGAUGUUCGAGUUCCUUUUGGAACCCAAAUCCAGACGGAUUUUUUUUUUUUUUUUUUUUUUUAAUUCUAUUUUUGGAGCCUGAUCCUAAAUCUUUCCCAAAUCUUUUUCCCGCCUCUGUCUUGGCCACCUCCCUUCCUCGAGGACCUCCUGUACCCAGCACCUCAUUUCAAAUGUGCCCAAAACCAGUCCCUGAUGGCUGAGGAGCUUUGCUGAGGGCCACUUUCCCCAGGGGAGACCUUGAUCCUGGGCUCCCGGUGCUCCACGCUGGUUUUAAGGUGAAAAUUGAGUUAUUUAUGAUUUCCUCAGCUCCAAAUUCCCCCUGGUGUUCCGGGCUGGGAGAGCAACGUUUAACUGGGAUCCCGAAAUUCCCACCUGGAUUUGAGGUGGAGGCUUGAAAAUGCAGCUGGAAAACCGACAAAAUCCCUGCCAAAAAACCAAAAAAAAAUUUAAAAAAUUCAAAUGUCAGAUCUUCAACCCAAGGCCAGUGCCUGGGAGCCAGAGGCAGGGCUUUGAAAUGCAGGGGUUUUGCUUGCAGUGAGGAUUCCAGGCUCUUUCCUGGCGUCCCCCUUCCCAGAGGGAGGGAUCAGCAGUGGUGCUGCUCCUGGGAACUCCCCGGGCAUUCCCUUGGCACCUGCAGGAUCUCAGCAGGUGGGUGAUGCUGGUCCUGCCUGGGCGGGUUUGCUGCCCAAUUUUGAGAUUGCAGCAAAAAAAAACCCAAAAAAAUAAUUUAAAAGAAAUCCCAGCUGAGGUUGGAGCAGGACCAGACACAAACCUGGGAGCUGAGGCCUCGUGGAGAGGCCACUGGGGUGAAGAGGUCUGCGAUGCUUUUACAGAUGGAAAUAUAUCUAUAAAAACAACGUUUUAAA